GCGUGCGGGCGAAGAGCAAGACAGAGCCGGGAACCCUGCUAGGGCUUUCCGUGUGGGCCGCGCCUGCUGGCCCUUUCUACUUACGCUACCAGCAGCCAAGGGAACCAGACGCAGGGAGGGGGAACCAUGACCCCUGUGCCCUCGCGGCCGGAAGCCUGAGGUUUCGGCUCCUCCCCGGCAGGGCGGCCCCGCCCACACCCGUCGCGACCCCACGCCCUCCACGGCCGCCCCGCCUCCCACCUGGUCUCCGGGCCCAGCGCCUCCGGCUGAAGACUGCAGCAUGGAGGGCGGCCUGGGGCGUGCUGUGUGCGUGCUGACCGGGGCCUCCCGCGGCUUCGGCCGGGCGCUGGCCCCACUCCUGGCCUCGCUGCUGUCGCGCGGCUCCGUGCUGGUCCUUAACGCCCGCAACGACGAGGCACUGCGGCAGCUGGAGGCCGAGCUGGGCGCCGAGCGGUCUGACUUGCGCGUGGUUCGGGUGCCCGCCGACCUGAGCGCCGAGGCUGGCUUGCAGCAGCUGCUCAGCGCCCUGCGCGAGCUCCCCAGGCCCGAGGGGCUGCAGCGACUGCUGCUCAUCAACAACGCGGGCUCCCUUGGGGAUGUAUCCAAAGGCUUCAUAGACCUGAGUGACUCCACUCAAGUGAACAACUACUGGGCGCUGAACUUGACCUCCAUGCUCUGCCUGACAUCCAGCGUCUUGAAGGCCUUCCCGGCCAGUCCUGGCCUCAACAGAACCGUGGUUAACGUCUCGUCCCUCUGUGCCCUGCAGCCCUUCAAAGGCUGGGCGCUGUACUGUGCAGGAAAGGCUGCUCGUGAUAUGCUGUUCCAGGUCCUAGCGUUGGAGGAACCUAACGUGAGGGUGCUGAACUAUGCCCCAGGUCCUUUGGACACAGACAUGCAGCAGUUGGCCCGGGAGACCUGCAUGGACCCAGACAUGCGAAAAGGACUGCAGGAGCUGAAGGCAAAGGGAGAGCUGGUAGAUUGCAGGGUGUCAGCCCAGAAACUGCUGAGCUUGCUGCAAAAGGACGAGUUCAAGUCUGGAGCCCACGUGGACUUCUAUGACAAAUAAGCCCAUGCCUUUGGCUUCCUGAGCCUUUUUGUCCCCAGUCAGACAUACCCCAGAGCCCCAUGGCUCCCCACACCCUGUCAUAGGGCAUUCCUGCCUUCAAUAUAUAAACAUUCGUCCUACUGCCCUGCCGUCAGGCACAGCCAGCUGUGAGCUCACAGGUCUUUGGCCUUAACCAGUUGUCAGGAGUGUGUGCUGUGCACCCUGGGUUAUGAGGAGGCUUAGGAGAGAGGUUAUGGGUAUUGGCGUCUCUAUCCCCAGGAACAGAACUUAAGGGGUGGGAAGAGCAGGAAAAGAAGCUGAAGAAGUUGUGUCUCCUGCUCAUAGCAAGCCCAUGGGGAGACAAAAGGGUGAUCUGGUGUCGAAUAAGAGGACACAUGUAGAUUCGAUGGCAGGGAGGGGAAGAGUGUGCAGACAGUACACAUUCCAGCCCACACAGAUGCCCCGGGCUGAGGGCAGCACGGCCUUCUGUUGAACUCUGUGUCCUCACUGAUGUCUCCUUCCUCCAGAAUCCACUGUCCCUUCCCCUGGCUGGGAGAAGGGGCUCCUGAGUGUCUGUAUACACCACAAAGGCCAAUGCAAAUAAAAUACAGAUUGUCCUUUC